AUGAAGCUGUCAUCGGUGAAGGUGGACUCGAAGUUCACGACCAGUUCUCAGAUCGUCAAACUGAUCUCCAGUCAUACGAUCUCAAAGUUUCUACUGCGCAUCACCGAUCUGAAAAAGUCGAAGAUGGUGAAGACCCUAGUUGUCUACUACAAUAACAAACACGUUCAAGCUAUACUGGAGCUUAAAAAUAAACCGACUCUCUGGCAUAAGGCGAAAAAGGUGACCCUAACCCAGGGUCAGACUGAGGUGAAGGUCGAAUUCAGCCUGCCCAUCGUGGCCUGCAACCUGAUGAUCGAGUACGCAGAGUUCUACGACAACACCCACUCAUCUACUGAGACCCUCCAGUGCCCCAGAUGUUCUGCUUCCGUUCCCGCCAAUCCUGGCGUCUGCACUAACUGUGGAGAGAACGUCUUUCAGUGUCAUAAGUGCAGAGCGAUAAAUUACGACGAGAAAGAUCCCUUCUUGUGCAACUCGUGCGGUUAUUGCAAGUACGCCAAGUUCGACUUCACCAUGUGCGCCAAGCAGUGCUGUGCUGUCGAUCCCAUCGAGUCGGAAGAAGAUCGGAAGAAAGCCGUGACGUCAAUCAACUCGCACCUGGACAGUGAGGACAUCCUCUACAAACAGCUGCAGGAUCUCAAGUCCGUCAUCGUCAGCCUGUUGGUACGUGUCAAGGAUCACAUCAACGUCAUUUCCGGCAGCAACUCUGCUAAUAGCGGUCAGCAGCCGGCUGCAGCAAGUGCUGCAAUUGCAACAGCCUCCGGUGGUGGGGCAGCUGCUACGACAACCACCUCAGCUAAUGCAACUGCUGCUGUUGGCUCGCUGUCUGUUACUAUUAAUAAAUCACUGCAACAGCUGGCCCUCAAGUAUUGUAUGGAAUGUAAGACGGCAUUUGAGGACCUCAGCAAAAUCAUCCAGAAAGUGCAGGCCACACGCAAGGAACUUGUGAAAUUCGACAGGCAGCAGCAGGAAGCAGCUCUCGCCUCCAUGACGCCAUCUGCUUCGAUGACAUCAUCAGCUGUUUUCCCUGCUGUUCCACCUACUACCGUAGCUGCUGCGGCUGCAAGUGGCAGCGUGGCGACAGUAGCUACGUGUCAAGGUCACGCCAAUGCCGUUGCUGUCGGUGCAGCUGGUGUCACCACCGUUGGGAAAGGAAGGAAGACAUACUGCUAUGGAUGUGCAAUAUCAACCGUCGAACACUGCAUUACGUUGCUGAGAGCCAUGUCGACGACUGCUAAUCUGAAGAACUAUCUUUGUGGACAGGGUCUCAUCAAGGAACUCUUCAACUACAAUCUACGCAGAGGCUCACCUCAAAUUAGGUCAGAGGUCAGGAACCUUCUCUGUCUCAUGUCAACCAAUCACGAAGCGGCUACUAGUGACCUGCUUUCACUGCUAUCCAAUAACAUUCAGCUGGCUAUUAGCGGCCAUUUUUCAAAUCCGGAUUUUGCUUCCACCGUUCGUCACGAGAUGGGUCUCCUGGAUAACUUGCUACUCAUCGAUGAUGAUAUGUGGGAGGAGAGGCUGAGAUGCGUCAUCCGGCUGUUCAACAUCUGCACUCGUUACGACUCGCCGUCCAUUCAAGACGCCGUUUCCCUUCCCUGCCUACGCAUACUGCAGCGUCUCUCAGCUUCAACUGCGACUCCCACGCCGCAGCCAGCUGCUGCUGCUGCUGCUACUACUACAGCUACUACUUCCUCUGCUGGCGGUAAAUCUGCUAAGAAGGAGAAGUCGUCAUCGAGUGCUAACGCGACGACGGCGACUUCCACGGCUUCUGCUACUACUACUAGCGACGCCAUAGUUUACAGCAUCCACCCACCAGUUCAGCUGACCGCAGAUUUUCAGGGCUGGAUGGCUGGCAGGCCUGCUGCUUCGUUCAGUUCCUGGGUCAAAAAUCUGCCAACCAGAGUUAUCUCGGAUUCAAGUGGCCAGCCACCACCACCAGCGGCGACAGCAGCAGCAGGGUUCAGCAAGAAAAAGAGAGAAGUAGAAAGAUUGAGAGAUAGAGAGAACGAGAGGAAGGCAGUGAGAGUUAGGUAUUUGUCAGAGAAGUACUUCAACAAGUGGAGAUUCAACGUUAAGUUAAAAAAUAGGAUAACGACGGAUUUGAAGUCGGUAGAUACGAGUUGGAUUAGGAGGGCCAUGUUUUCUUCAACGUCUGCUGCUAUGAGGCAGACUGAAUGCGAUAUCGUUGAGGAUUUCUGCAAGGUACCUGGCCGCAAGCAAGAUAUCAUUGAUAUCCUAUCUGACUGUCUAGACGAGGUAGGGGAGAGUGGCGAGUCGUCUGCGGAAUUUCUGAAGCUCUACAAGAAGCUCAUCUCCACCGGCCACUGGAAGUACUACACAUCCCUGAAAGGAGUCCUCAACAAAAUCACUAAUCUUAUCACUCUGGAGAUAAAUGAGUUGCAGAGGCUGGAGACCGUUAGUUUGAGUAGUAAUCUAUCGCAGGGUUUUGCUAUCAAAUCUCUAACAGAUCUCCUAUCAAGUUUUCUAGAAGUGGACCUAAUAAAGCAGCAUUACAAGAACAAACUGGUUGGCUCAGUGCUGGGUGGCUACUUGUCGUUGAAGAAGUUGAUAGUUCAGAGGACAAAGAUGAUUGACGAGGCCCAAGAAAAGUUAUUGGAGCUUCUAGAAGGAAUGACAACUGGAAACGAGUCAGAGAGAAAGGAGUUCAUGUCAGUAUGCGUGGAGACGAUCAAUAAGUAUCCACUGCAAGACCUCCUUUCGCCUGUCUUCAUAUUUGAAAGGCUCUGUAACAUUAUCGUCCCGGAGGCGAAUGAUUCUAAAGAGUUUACACUCUCCCUGGAGAAAGAUCCACAGCAGGAAGAUUUCCUCCAAGGUCGUAUGUUGGGCAAUCCAUACAGUUCUAAUGAGCAGGGGCUGGGACCUUUGAUGAGGGACGUGAAGAAUAAGAUAUGUCAAGAUUGUGAGCUGGUGGCCUUACUAGAAGAUGACACUGGCAUGGAGUUGCUCGUAAACAACAAAAUCAUCAGUCUAGACUUGGCCGUCAAGGAUGUCUACAGGAAAAUAUGGCUGCUUGAGCAUAAUGACACUGACCCGAUGAGAGUAGUGUAUCGCAUGAGAGGUCUGCUUGGAGACGCCACUGAAGACAUGGUCAACAGUCUCGAAACCGGAAAAGAUUCAGAUGUAGACAGUGAGGAAGUUUAUAGAAUGGCAAACGUAAUGAGUCAGUGUGGAGGCCUAAAGGUCAUGCUACAAAGGCUGUCGUCAAUAAAGAGUUUAGUAUCAGGCAAACAGCUGAUGAUAGUCCUGCUGAAGUUGUUCAGUUACUGUGUCAUGGUCAAAUCAAAUAGGCAACAACUCAUUGAGAUUAACAUGAACUCUAUCACCGUCAUGCUGGGAGCGCUUAAUCUGGCCCUGUUAGCAGAACAAGAAAUGGAAACGUCCAUAAAAGGGCAGACCCUAACUGAGCAGAUCCUACAAAUCAUGGAGGUCAUCCUUUCAGAAGCAAGUACGCAUCUACCCCCCGAGGUCUACAAGGAAUUUUCCAAAUCGUGUGGCGACAAGGACCAGCUGAUGGUCCUACUGGAUCGAAUAAACAGUCCCUUCGUUAGGUGCAAUCAAAAUGUGCUGCAGGCCCUCAUGAAACUCAUCCCAUUCCUGGCCUACGGCGAAGAGGAAAAGAUGAUGGCGCUUGUCAAUCACUUCAAACCAUGUCUCAAUUUUUGCAGGUUCGACUUAGAUCACACGCAGGACGAACAGAUCCACCUGGACUGCUUCUGCGUGAUAGCUCAGGGCAUCGAGAACAACACCAACGGUCGCAAGUUGAAGGAUUUGAUCCUCGAGAAGUCGGAAAUCGUUCAGGACACGUUGACUUAUUUGCUCGCUAGGACUCCCAAGAUCACUACUGCUACCGGGGCCAAUGUGAUCAUGGAGAGUGAGGGCUGGAAGGAGAUGAUCAGUCGACCUUCCCUACCCUACGUCAUCAGGAUGCUCACUGGCCUCUGCAGGGGGCACGAAGCAAUACAGUUGAAGUUGGUAGAAAUAGUCCCCGCCCUACACUACAUGGAGCAGAUAUCGUCUGACGAGUGCGUCGGGUCACUGGCUGAAAAUCUUCUAGAGGCUCUGAAAGAAAAUGAAGUUGUUGCUAAGAAGAUUGAAGAAGUGAGACAGUACACAAAGCAAGAAAAGAAAAGAUUGGCUAUGGCAAAGAGGGAGAAGCAACUCAAUCAGUUGGGAAUGAUGACCAACGAAAAGGGCCAACUAAAGAUAAAGAAAGACAUUCUGGAGGGCCACAUAGACGGCCUGAAAGAGGAAUCAGGACUCGUCUGCUCGAUCUGCCGCGAGGGCUACAAGUACCAGCCGAACAAGGUUCUAGGGGUCUACACCUUCAGCAAGAGGGUCAACCUGGAUGAUUACGAAGGCGGCAAGAGUCGUAAAACCCCCGGGUACAGCUCCGUCACCCACUUCAACAUCGUUCAUUUCGAUUGUCAUCUGGCUGCAGUUAGGCACGCUCGCGCCAGAGAAGAGUGGGAGAGUGCAGCUCUGCAGAACGGCAACACGAAGUGCAAUGGACUCCUGCCACUCUGGGGUCCUGACGUUGUCGAAUCUGUCUUUGCCAGCUGUCUAGCCAGACACAACGGCUACUUACAAGAGAGCACUGGUAUCAGAGAUAAUUCGUUUACCCACACCAUUCACGAUCUGAAGCAUCUGCUACUUAAGUUCACUUUUGAGAAGUCAUUCAGUGAGGACACAGGUGGUGGAGGCAGAGGAAGUAACAUUCACCUGAUACCCUACCUCAUGCACAUGGCCCUAUACGUUAUCAAUACGACGAGAUCAUCAUCAAGAGAGGAGAAGAACUUGUCAAAUUAUUUGAAGAUGGCCGUUGAUAAAUGGGUCGAAAGUUCGUACGAGACUGAAGGACCACUGUAUUGGACGGUUAUGGCAAGCCACAUCAUUGGUCCCAGCGCAUGGAAGAAAGAGAGGGUGAUGUUUUUGAAGAGGCUGAUUGUCCUGGCUCACGUGAGAAGCCUGUCUUCAUCAUCGUGUAACAGCAUAACUGAUAAGAAAGUUAAAGAUUUCAUCUCGUACAAACCAUACGUACUGCUGUUUGCGUUAAUCGAUUCAGUGUACACACAACUGUUCAAGAAUUGUAAAGAAGACUCAACAGCAACCACUUGGUCAGUCAGUUUGGCUGACUACAUCAGGCACAAUGAUCAGAAUCUGCUGGAAGGUUCCAAGAGGAUCCUUAAAGAUUUCGAGGAGAAGUACCUUCCAUGUGAAUCCUUCGAUGAAUUUUGUGACGUUACUGGUAUGGGGGUUGAAGGUCUGCUGAAAGUUUGA